AAAGGAGACGGCUCGUUUCUGCGUUCCCGCCGGAAGUCCUCUCCGGACGGGUUUGAGCGUCCUUCCGGAUACGGAGGAUUCGACGCACAGCACUCAGGCUCAGCGCGGGCUCAAUAGGACGUCUCGGUGGGAGCCCUCGAAUAUCAUAAAGAACCAUCAGGCCAUUAACAUUCAUGGUCAACAUUGCUGAGGCAAGGUCAUAAGUGCACAGUCUUCGAAGAAUGAUUAAGGCAAUUCCAGGUUGGACCCUCUCGGGAGGUCUUAGAGGUGUCCGUAGAUGUGUCGGAGAGCGCAGUAUGUCAGAGUUCGUGUUCAGAACUGCGGAGCACGCCGAGCUCUACUCGAAAUUCCGUCCAUCGCCCCCAACGGAGCUCUUGCAUCGGAUAGUGUCUUGUGCAUCCUCCCGGGAAUCCCUCUUGGAUGUGGGCUGUGGAUCUGGUCAGUGCACCGAGCUGAUGGCAGAGCACUUCAAAAGAGUUGUCGGGUGCGACAACUCCAGGGCGCAGAUCGAGCAAGCCGAAGCCAGACGGACCGAGAAGAAGCUUCUCAACGUAGAAUACAAACUGAGCUCCGUUGGCAACAUGAUCUUCGGAGCCGGAUCCUUCGACGUCAUCACGGCGAGUCAAUGCGUGCAUUGGUUCGAUGUUGGGGAGUUCUAUUCAGAAGCUCAUAGGGUACUCCGGAAAAACGGACUCUUGGCGAUGUUUGGUUACUGUGUCCCAUUACCUGUGUCGGGGGUCUCCGAAAUCGAUUCAGCGAUCGAGACACGUAUUAUGAGGCUAUAUCGGAGCGACUUGGGUCCCUUCUGGGAAACCGAUCGAAGUUUGAUCGAUUCCUGUUAUCGGACUCUGCGGAAACCGGGACGGGGUUUCGAACCCCUUCUACAGGAAUUGGCUAUUCAUCAGAAGCGACCCACCGACCUUGACGGCUACAUCCAGUACCUCGCCACCUGGUCCUCUUUCCAGAAGUUCAAGAAGAAGAAUCCUGACGCGGAUCUUCUUGGUGAGCUCAAGUCUGAUCUUCGGAAUCUCCUCAGGGAUGUAAGAGGACUCGGCUCCGACAAGGAUAUCAAUCUCUACAUGGACACGAAUUUCUUCCUCCAUAUCUACAAGAAGAGGGAUCCCGUAUAGGUUUCGACGUCCUGCGUCAAAGAAAAUCGGAUUUUUCAAUAAAUCUCGGUCAAA